AUGAGCUGCGGACGACGGUCAAAAUCGGCAGGAAAUAGCAUUUUCUUUGCUCAGAAAUGGAACCAACUGCGUUUGGGUACGCAGGUGUCCACGUCAAAUAAACACGAACAAGAUGAAUAUCCGGGUCUCGAGCGCAAGUUCCGUUCCGCUAGUUCGGAUUCCCUUUCCGCAGUCAAGACGUUUUCAUUUGGCGCCGACAUUAGAACAAAAGUCAUGGAGCAACUAGAAGUUGAGGACUUACAAUGCUUCCAAUUCGCCCUAAUGGAACUUAGUCAGAAGCAGGGCGGAUAUGUUGAUCUGGACGCCUUUCGGAGUAUUAUGAAGUUGCACCUUAAGCUACCGCCAGCCCAGAUGGAAAUGAUGGUCAAAAAACUGUUUGAUGAAAUCGAUGUGGAUGGACUGGGUAGAAUUUCCUGUGGUGAUAUAUGCACCUUCCUGCUAUCGAAGCAUAAAGCCAAAGAAGUGCAAUUGGCUAAAGUUCAACUUGUUCAAAUCAAAGAGCCCAUAAAGACUUUCGAUUUUCCCAACCAAGAACAAAUCGCCCGUACUGUUGCACAAAAACACGGAAGAGGAUAUAUUGUUGCAAAAACUGACGGAACACUCACCUUCUGGUCACCCGAUCUGAAAAUCACUAAGCAACGUUCAUUGGCCUUUGAUGGCGGAACCAAUCGUCUUACUCCAAAGUGGUACACUGACUUCCUCUUCCUCAACGACAUUAGCAAAUUUGUUUCAAGCACAGGGGACAGAGAACUGGAGUUCUACGAGAUGACUACGUUUGCAGCUUACUGUCGCAUCGUAGGGUUGGACACUGUUCCCGUUUGUCUGACUUGGGGACCCCCGCGUUGUCAACGUUUCUUCUUCUAUCUCUUCUCACCCCCCUCGCAACAACUACUUUUCUUUGCCGUUUGUUCUGACAAAUCUUGGUUCUUGCACGCCCUCAUGCAUCAUCCUAAGUGGGCGCUGCAGUGUACUAUCUAA